AUGGUCACAAAAUUCCCUACAAUGUGCGCAGGAGACAUCCGAAUGUACGAAGCUGUGGAUAUCCCGGAACUUCAUCACCUCACAGACGUCAUAGUUUUUCCUCAAAGCGGACCAAGAUCCCAACCGGACGAGAUGGCAGGCUCCGAUUUGGAUGGAGAUGAGUAUGCGGUCAUCUGGGAUCCGAUUCUAUUUUUCCAAAAAAAUGCCCCAGCGUUUGGUUAUUGCUCCGAAAAGAAAAACAAACAAUUCACACUCGGGGAAAUGGAUCACAAGAUGAACGAUUUCUUUGCGCUGUCUAUGAGACAGGAAGACGUCGGAGUAACCGCUAUCAAUCAUCUCCACCAGUCGGAUCAGUUUGGAAUCGAUUCAGAUGUUGCUAAUUCUUUGGUCGAGAAAAACGCAAUGGCACUUGACUUCGCAAAGUCUGGAGAUCCUCCACUCCCAUUGACAAAUGAGGGACGAAUUAAUCCUGAAACCGGACUCUGGGAACCACCGGAAAGAUCUGAACGACGACCUGAUUUCUCUCAGAGUCGUCACGCUGGCAGUGCAUCAUAUGCAUCUUCACGUCUUCUUGGAACACUCCAUCGAGAGUUAAGAUCCAUCAAUGACGUGGUUAUGUCAUCGUCAGAGAAACAAGUUCCGGUGGUUAUCGAUGAUCUUUUGAUUUGGGAAGGCUGGGAGAAGCAUAAGGACAAUGCAACCCUACAGAUGAUACGAUACAAUGGACAACUCCGUUCGAUUAUGGAAACGUUUGGAGUGGCGACUGAAGCAGAAGUGUUUUCCGGAUGUUUCCGGGAUAUCCGGAAUAGGCAAUCGGAAAGAGAACAAGACGACAUGAGCAUGUACAACACUGAAAGUGUUAUCGAAGGGCAGAUGACUGAUUUAUAUAAAAAAUAUCGAAAAGAAUUUUUCGAAGAAUUCGUGACUCCCGAAGCCAGGAUGCCAGCAUAUAUGAGAUUGACAGAACCUGAAAACGUGCGCAGAAACUACGAAGAGGUGGAUGUUCUGAGAAGAGUCUGUAAGCAGCCCAGCGACGCCAUGAUGGCAAAAGCUAUCGCCUAUUAUAGAGUCUGUUAUGAAAAUGCGAUGAAGGGAAGUGAUAGAAAACUGUCGUUCGCCUGGAUUGCGUACGAUAUUCUGAACUUCGUCAGGGGGAAAAAUAUAAUGGAAAUGGAAAAUGUUCCAGUACGUCGUCUACCACAGUUUCAGGCGAUCCGCGAUCAUCGAAACGCAUUCAUUACCGAUGACAAAAAUCGUGCGAAAUCAAAAUACAGUCAAUUCAUAAGAAGAUUUAAUUCUGUUGGAAAAGUCGGAGAAUCAUUGACUCAGCAAGAAAUUCAAGCGAAGAAUAUCAUUUUGAAAUAUGUUCAGCACAACAUGGAACUUCAGAAGUGUCUAUUCAUCAUUGAUUCGUGGGCCAGAGUCAAGGGAUUGAUUUGUGAUUCUGAUGAUCUAACAGCAUGCAGAAAUAAUACUCAAAGAGAAAAAUUGCUAACCAGUGCAACGGAAAGCAGCCUGAAAUGGUACCACCUUGCCCUUAUGAUCAUCAUGGUAGCUACAAAAAAGCUAGGCACACUCAUGGACGAGAAACAAGGGCAAUCUGGAUCCAAGAUUUUUGAAGCAAUACAUUUAUCGGAUAACGAUUUGAUCAUCAAGCAAAAGUUAACAGAUGCGGAUCUGGAUCGUCUCACAAUUUCUUUCUUCCGAUUCCUCUCAACUCGAGAGUUCCGUCGUCUUCGAGUUCUAAACUUCAGUUCAAUUGGAUUGAAAAGCGUUUUCAUGAGAGGAGAAUGGCUCGUCUAUCAUACUGCAGCGACGCAGACAUACUACAAUAUUUUGUUGAAUUUGAGGUUCGACGAACUUCCGACAUCCACUGAAAGCAUUGCUGAUAAGCAGAGUAUCCAUCGAGAAGGAGAUCCUAUAUUACUGGAAAUUCCAUUUGAAACCAACAUUGAGAAAUUACUCAACCAGUUGAGAGAGAAAUCAAGAUGUGUGCAAAUUGAUGGAAGAUUUGAUACAAGAUUCAAGAAGAAGGGUUACGGACGCAUCAUCGUCUUGUCUCGCGGUACUACAGAAGCGAUCAACGAGCUGAAAGACUUCACAACGAUCAAGUUGCCGCGUUACCUCUCUUCACAAGAUAGGAGCAUUUCGGGAGAGUUGUCUUACUUACUCUAUUUCAAGAUCAUGGAUGAACGAUUUGUCAAAACCAUUCAAGGAACUCCAUCUCAAGGAAACCGACUAAGACCUAAUAAUAAAAAAGGCAUGAAUAAAACUGUUCGGUCAGUUCCGGCACGAUUGAAUAACAAUCGUCGAUUUAGGGAGUAUGGAGCAGUGAACAGAGCGUAUGGAGGCUACGACGACAUCUACCAAAGACAUACAAACACUUAUAGUUAA